AUGCAUUGGCCUGCCACCGAACAAGAAUGUUAUGCCAUCAUAUCAGCCAUUGAAAAAUGGCAUAAACAUCUUGAUGGACGUCCAUUUGUUAUUGAAACAGACCAUAAACCAUUGUUACCAUUUAAUUUAAAACACCAACCGAAUUCAAAAUGCGAGCGAUGGCGUUUAAAAUUACAACAAUACCAAUUCACCGUUCAUUAUAUUAAGGGCAAACACAAUACAGUAGCUGAUUAUUUAUCACGUUCGCCUGUCGAUGAUGCAACGAACGACGAAGAUGAUUAUUUUCCAACUAUGUCCCGAGGGACACAAAUCGAAAAUUCUACACCACUACAGAUCGUAGCACCCGUUGUCACCCGAGCGCAAUCAGAACAACAUGAUAAGAGGGCUGAUAGUUAUGCGACGGAUCAGACCUGUGAUCCACUGCAACAGAAGACGAAUGAUCACACACCCGUCGAUCGCUCCUGUGUUGCACAAGACCGCCCGAGGACCACUACAAACGUCGAUGAUAAAUUACUCAUUCUAUCUGCAAAAGACAAUAUGUUAAUGAGAAAAUCGUCUCCACUAGUUCCAUUCGUACCGAAAGGACAAAUACGCGCAGACAUUAUAAAAAUUUAUCAUGAUACACGUGGAAACGGAGCCCAUUUUGGUCGUGACCGAACGAUAUCAAAAAUUAAACAACGUUAUUUCUGGCCAUCCAUGAUACAAGAUAUUAAGAAUCACGUACAAUCAUGCUUAUUGUGUGCGCAAUAUAAUCCAUGUCGAUGUAAGCCACCUGGGGCAUUGAAACCAAUAAAACCACCGUCCGGAGUCUGGCAAUUACUUACAAUGGACUUUCACGGACCGAUCACACCCACCACACAGCGAGGCAAUAAAUAUAUUAUAUCCCUUACGGAUGUACUGUCAAAAUUCGUUAUUACACGAGCUGUCCGUGAUUGUACGGCAGAAACAGCCGCUCGAUUUAUCAAAGAAGAUGUUAUUUGCAAGUAUGGGACACCGCGUUGUAUUUUAACAGACAAUGGUAGCCACUUCACAUCGAUGAUGAUGAACAAUUUAUUAAAAGAAAUCGGCGUUACACACUUACAUUCUACACCCUAUCAUCCACAAACGAACGGUCAGAUAGAAAGAUACAAUUCAACAAUGGAACCAAAAAUAGUCACACUAUCGAAUGAACGAAAAACCGAUUGA